AUGAGCUGUAUCGUGAGGCUGGAAGGCUGUUUGCUGUCGAAGACGCUGAAAAACCAGUCUGACGCGCUUGUUUUCCAGAAACCAAUCACAUUCUCGCUUUUCCAGGGCGAAAAAUGGGCCGUUGUCGGAGACUCGCACCGCUCCACUUUUCUCCAAGCUCUCCAGGGCUCCUUCUUCGCUCUGCCGCACCCGCGCGCCAGAACGUAUCCGCUGCGGCUGAAAAAACCAGACGUGCGAAUUGAGCUGCUGCAGUUCGUCAACAACGGCUCGUUUGGCCACGGAGCUACAAACUCCUCCGGCGGAUUCACUCAUUUAUCCAGCAGAUACGAAUUUUUCAAAGACCGCGAGGUGGACGAGUUGGUGGCAGAUUUUGUGGCCAACGUUUCGUACAACUCGCAGCACAAAAAAGAUCCCAGGCUCCUGGACGAGAUCCUCGAAAGGGUCGAUCUCAAGGGCUUUGAGCAGAAAUAUAUCACUACGCUCAGCAACGGACAGUUCCGCCGGGCCCGAAUAGCAAGAAGUCUCUACGGCAAGCCAGACCUGCUCAUGGUCGACGACCCGUUCCUGGGGCUGGACCCCGCUGCGAAGAAGACCGUGACGAGAUCCCCGAGUGGAUAG